ACACGAUUAAGGGAAGGAAAGAAAAAACAUCUUUUCUUUUCUUUUUUUUUUUCAAUUACUAUUCCUUUGUUCUGUUUGCAGAGUCCUUCCUUUAAUUUCUUUCCUCUGCUCUUUUCCAUCCUUCAACUCUUUUUCCUAGCCAAACACUACCUAGAAGAUGACCAUAGCCGACAAGUUCGCUUGAAAAAGCAGAUUUCGGGUGCUUUUCUACAAUUCUAUCCCCAUUUUCAUCCUGCAAAUUGCAAAUUGCUAAUACCACAGCCUCCAUGAAUAAGCUUCAUGACAAGGUGGCCAUCAUCACUGGCGGUGCUAGCGGCAUCGGUGAGGCCACCGCGCUUCUCUUUGCCGAGCACGGGGCACGAGCAGUAGUGAUAGCUGAUGUCCAGGACGAAAAGGGACAAAAACUUGCUGAAACCAUCGGCACCUUCCGCUCUACCUACAUCCACUGUGAUGUAACUGAUGAGAACCAGGUCAAGUCUCUGGUGGAAUCCACCGUCAAACUAUACGGUCACCUCGAUGUCAUGUUCUGCAACGCGGGUAUCGCCAGCCCUUGCACUCAGACUGUCCUGGACUUCGAUAUCGCUGCAUAUGAGAAACUCUUCGCCGUGAACGUGGGUGGCGUCGCAGCAAGUCUAAAGCACGCAGCGCAGGCGAUGGUGGAGGGCGGAGUAAAGGGUAGCAUCAUAUGCACGGCGAGCAUUGCGGCGAGGACAGGCGGAGACAGGUGCACAGAUUAUGUAAUGUCCAAGUGUGCAGUGCUGGGAUUGGCGAGAUCAGCGAGUAUGCAGCUGGGUAAGCAUGGGAUACGAGUGAACUGUGUGUCGCCGGGGCCGGUGGCGACGCCUCUGCUAUCUAAUAUGGUGGGGAAGGGAAUCGUUGAAGCGGAGAAGACUUUUGAAUCGAGUUAUUGGUUGAAAGGUGUGAUGAAGGUGAAGCAUGUGGCGGAUGCUGUGUUGUUUCUUGCUUGUGAGGAUUCAGAGUUUAUUACCGGCCAUAAUUUGGUUGUAGAUGGUGGAUUUAAAUCUUACUAGUAAAAAUUUACAUGUUAUGAAUAUCUUGUAGAAGAAAAACCAGAAUUUCUUCUGCUAGUAUCGUAUCUGCCAUGGAGAAAUUAUUCUGGAAAGGCUUUAAUUUAACUGUGUACCGUUAUCUUCGUUAAAAAGUUAAUUAGUUCAUAUA